AGAAGGAGAAGAAGGAGGAGGAGGAGGAGGAGAAGAAGGAGAAGGAGGGGGGAGUUCGGUGGAGAUCUUUCGUGACACCGGUUAUUUUCUUCCGUAGUGGCUGUUGGGAAGUCAUAUCUGUGGUUGGAUAGUCAGUCGCUGGGUCACUUCGCCCCAUUCAGCCUUCACGCGCAACUUCGCCUCUUCGCCGCAGCGGAAGAACACGGCUGUUCGUGGGCACCAGGAAGCUUUGGGGCUUUUUUCUUCUUCCAUACCUGGAUUAAUUUAAGAUUUUUAUUUUUAUUUUUUAAACUUUUUAUUUAGAGGUUGUUUUUUUUUAACAGAGGGCCCCUUUCUCUGUCAGAAUGUUGUGGAAAUUAGCCGACAACGUGAAGUACGAGGAUGACUGCGAGGAAAGGCACGACGGAAACAGCAACGGGAACCCCCGGCUGCCUCACCUGCCCGCGGUCAGUCAGCACCUCUACAGCCCGUCCCCCUCCCUCUCGCACCCGGCCAGUUCGGACUUCCAGCCGCCGUACUUCCCGCCUCCCUACCAGCCCAUCUCCUACCCGCAGUCCAGUGACCCGUACUCCCACCUCGGGGACCCUUUCAACAUCAACCCCCUGCACCAGUCGCAGUCGUCGAACCAGCAGCAAUGGCCCGGUCGGCAGGGCCAGGACGGGCUCUCCUCGCACGGGAGGAGCGGGCUGGCGAGCCAGAUCCUGGGCCUGGAGGGCUCGUCCGGCGUGAGGAGGGAAGGCUUCCGGAGGCCCGAGCUGCUGCCCCCGCACGUGCACGGCAUCGAGUCGUCGGGCAUCGGCGGUGACAGCAUGGGGAUGCACGACAUGGGGCACGGACUGGACGACGUUCAACAUGUAGAUGACCACAGUGUUAUAAUGGCAGACCAGACAGUCAUUAAAAAAGUAUUAGGACUACGAGGUGGCAGGAACCUUGAUCGCUUACAGAGGACUUAUUAUCAGGGGGGAAUUCUUGCUGGGCCUGUCACUCUACCCAAAGGCAACGUGCUGGGUCUUCCUUUCCAGAAAGAGUCCCUCCUGGGCAUGGUUUCAAACCCCAUGGAGGUGUUCUGCUCCGUACCGGGCCGCCUUUCCCUGCUGAGUUCCACUUCCAAGUACAAGGUUACUGUGGCCGAGGUCCAGAGACGCCUGUCACCCCCCGAGUGCCUCAACGCGUCGCUCCUGGGAGGCGUUUUACGCAGAGCCAAGUCAAAGAACGGAGGUCGUUCCCUGAGAGAGAAGCUGGAUAAGAUCGGGCUCAACCUGCCUGCAGGAAGAAGGAAGGCCGCCAAUGUCACACUACUUACGUCACUAGUGGAAGGUGAAGCUGUUCAUUUAGCGAGAGACUUUGGUUACGUGUGUGAGACGGAGUUCCCUGCAAAGGCCAUUGCUGAUUACCUGGGAAGGCCUCACGUAGAACGCAACGAGGUCAACUCUCGCAAGAACAUGCUGCUCGCUGCCAAGCAAAUCUGCAAAGAGUUCACUGACCUGCUGACUCAGGACCGCUCGCCGCUGGGAAACUCUCGGCCGGCCCCCAUCGUGGAGCCCGGGAUCCAAGGCUGCCUGACCCACUUCAGCCUCAUCACUCACGGCUUCGGCUCGCCCGCCAUCUGCGCCGCCAUGACCUCGCUUCAGAACUACCUGAACGAGGCGCUCAAACAAGUGGACAAGAUGUACCUGAGCUCCGGUAGCGACACCCAGGGGUCCUCAGACAGUGGGAGCAAAUCUGCAGACAAAAUGGACAAGCACAGGAAAUGAGAGCUCAGAGGAGAGUCCUUGUGAACUUGAGACCCCCAGAUUCCCUUCAUCUCGCCGCCCCGUCUGCCCUUUUUUUAGGCUUUCUUUUUUGGAUUUUUGAAAGAAAUCUAUGUUGAUUGAUUGCGUAUUGUCAUUCUGAGAGCUGCAUUUGUAUGUGAGAGAGAGUUUGUGUGUAAUUGCACUGUUGAAUUUUAAUUAAAUGUUUUGAGAAGUCCCUGUUUGCUUCAAACCAACACUAAUAACAACCGCCUGGGGGGGGGGGAGGGUGGUAUUAAACCACACUACGGCCAUCGGACCUACUCCCUGUUGACAAGAUGAGGAAAAGAACAAAAGUGUGCUUUUUUUUUUCAUCUCAAAGACAUUUUUUAAGAUGAAUUCCUCUCGGCCGCCUCGCCUCCUCUUCUGCUCCGUCUGGAGGCAAAUCCUCUGAUUUCCUGAGUCUCAAUGGACUUGCAAAGGACAACUUUUAUAUGAGAAAGCGAGAAGAAAAUCCACUUCAUUUUUUUUUUUUUUUUUCCACUUCAAAAAGGAUCAGUGUUAUUGUGAAUCUUAUUGGGCUGAAAUGAGGAGAAAAACUUUUUCUCCGUCUGCGUUUGGUCAGAAACCAGAGACUUGAUGACCUCGUCAGUGUUCAUGUGGAUUACAGGCAGCAAUGCUUCCAUUGUUGCUCUUAUGUUUUAAACCCGACAGCCCUUUGUUGUGACCACGUUAGGUAUUCAUGAUUCUAUUUGUAUUUAAGAAAAACAAAAAAUUCCCACCUACCCAAAAAACCCUACUUCAGUCUUCCCAGGUUGUAUGUUUGUUGUGAGAAUGUGUGUAAAUGUAUAUAUUUCUUUAACAAAUUUUAAUUAGACAUUAAAUUCCAAACAUAGAAUUUUAUCCAGUGUCUUGUCCUGGAUGUAAAUAGUUUCUAAUUUAUGUUGUAAUUUAAUGGGCUUGUGUAAAUACUGGUAUCUGGUGUGUGGUUUCGCUUUCUAUGACGUUGUGUUUCACUUUUAUAAAUGGGUUAGUUUUUUAUCGAGUAGAGGUUAGGAAGUGGGCAUGAUAUAGCUUUUUUUUGAAAAUAUGUUAAGACAAAAAAAAACUGUUUACAAAAAUUCAGAAAAAAAAAAUUAAAAUAAAAUGAAAGACUCAAGUCUGACCCAGUGAGUAAGUGAUGUUGCAUGGGCCGUACAAAAAACAACAACAAAAAAAACAAGUAUUUGUGAUAGUCUUGUUGAGCUCCUUUUGGCAGUGUUUCACAGAAGAUGGUCAAGUCAUGGGUUGGAAGAUUUCUUCCUAUUAAUAAACCACAAAGAA